AACAUCACUUAACAAAAUAAACUUAUAUAUUCGGUAACAGCUACUACGACGGAACGUGACAAAUUGUAAAAAGUGUUUGCAUUCUUUAGUCUUGUAUACUUAAACCACAAUCGAUUAAAAAAUUAUUUGUUCUUACUUCUGACCAGAAUUGCAUUUAAAUUAUAAAAAAAAAGUAUUGCGUUAACAAAACAAAAAAUAAAACACAAUUGAUCGUUUUACCUAGACAUGCGUCAUUUGGAAGACUUAGUUUUUGCAACCAAGUGAAACUAUGCAUUCUCUGUCUGGUUAUCGGUAAAGUCGGUUUUGAAUUGUCGCUAGUUCUUGGUUCUUCUAUUAACUGUCAACACUUGAUGGAAACACCAAUAUCGCCUCUAUGGCCUUCGUGGCGUCUUGUCUAUACAAUAUGUGCGUUCUUUAUAAUGGUGGCUCAGCAGUGCAUGAACAAUGCCCCUAAUUUUGCUAUUUUGUGCAUGAUAAAACCCAGUGAAAAUCGGACUUCAGUGAUUAAUAUAAUUCGAUUACACGAUAAUUGUUCAUAUGCCUUGAAUAAUGCCGAGGAUAUGGUGCAGGAUGACAUUCCACAUGGUGAAUUGGAAUGGACUAAGCACUGGGAAUGGUUGUUUCUAAGCAGCUAUUUUUAUGGAUACAUGGUUGUGCAGCCGGUAGCCGGUCGUUUAGCUGACAAAUUUGGUGGAAAGUUAUUCCUAUUGACAGGAUUAAUUGGGCAAGCUGUUAUGUUUAUGCUUAUUCCAGUUAUGGCACGGACUUUUUAUUGGCUAGCAGUUGCAACAAGGACCUUGCAGGGAUUUCUCGCUGGCUUUGCAGUUCCAUCUAUUUACCAACUUUAUACAGUCUGGGCUCAUCCCACGGAAAGAGCAGCUUUGAUGUCCUUUGCCUAUGGUGGCUAUGCUGCUGGUUCCUUGCUGGUAUUUCCCAUUACUAGUUUACUGUGCCAAACUGGAUGGACAAUGGUUUUCUACGUUAUCGGUGGAUUGGCUCUUGUUUUGGGAAUAACUUGCAACAUUCUAAUUCACAGCAGUCUCGAUGAACAUCCAUGGAUUUCAACAAGAGAAAUAGAUUACCUUAGAGGAGGCAGCGACAAUAAUAAGAUGGUUCCAACUAUUCCAUGGAGGCAAAUGAUUACGUCGUGCCCUAUUCUCACUUUUAUAAUCACGCAUAUUUGCCACAGUUACGGGCUCAUAGUGCUGAACUUAUGUCUGCCCAGGUAUCUAAGGGAUACUAUGCAUUUUAGCUUGAAGGAGAACGGGUACUACUCAUCAGUCUUAUACAUUGGUUCAAUAACUUCCAGAGUCAUUGUGAUGCUUCUUUUUAGUAAGCUCUAUAGAAAAUCCAGGUUAAGUCUGACAGUAUUUCGAAGGAUAGUCUACUGCGGAGGAAACCUAGUGACAGCUUUGGUGAUUCUUCUGAUUACUUUUCUGACGUGCGAGCAACGUAUGCUAAUUGUUCUCCUCAUCUUUGUUGCCGGAGCCUCAAUUGAUGUCUCCUUUACUGGAGCAUAUUGGAUAAGUUGCAUUGAUAUGGCUCCAGCUUUUGCGGGACUUUUAACCGGAAUAUCGAAUUCAGCAGCAACUUUGAGCGGAAUUAUAGCGCCACUUGCAAUAUCAAGUGUUGUCACAGAGGGCAGUAAAGCAGAAUGGAAUUAUUUGUAUUACUCAAUGGCAGUCUCCUAUGUUUUCAGUAUGUUAGUCUAUGGAAAUUUUGGAAGCUCAGAAAAACAAAAAUGGGGUGAUUUUAUUUGUAAGACAAGUAAACCUGAUGGGGAAGCGCCUGCUGUCAAAAAGUACUAAGCAAUUAGGUUAUUAUAUUGUUAAAUAUAACGUAAGUUUAGGAGUUGGGCAAAGUUAAGGUUGGAACUACCACAACAAAUUAAUUGAACAAAAAAUAUACAAUAUAUAGUUUUGAAAGUCCAUCGCAUUUUUCGUU